AUGGAGGGAGCCCCGCCGGCGGCCUGCGAGGACCGGGUGCGGCAGCGCUGGGCGGCCUCCCCCGGGGUGCCCGCGCCCCAUGUGCAGCUGGCCUGCGGCCCGCGCCUCUGCGCCUUCCCGCUGGCCGGGAACCAGCUCUGUGUCCGCAGCACCGGGGGCCCCGCCUGCCAGCCUCUGAUCCUGAGCGGCCACCACCAGCCCGUCACCGCCCUGGCCUUCGGGAACGUGGCCACCCCGCCGCUCCUCUGCUCCGCCUCCCGGGACCGGGUGCUGACGUGGGACCUGGACGGCUGCCGGGAGCAGGCGCGGCAAGGGCUGGCUCCGCAGGGGACAGUCCAGGGCUCGCUUGUGGGACACGUGCGCUUCCUGAGCUGCAGCCCUGACGACCGUGCCCUUGCCGUGUGCACAGGGGCCCGGGUGCUCGUGCUGGACCUGCGGGGGCAGUCGGCACCGCUGGAGCUGGAGGGCCACCUGGGCCCAGUGACCGCAGCUGAGUUCUGUCCUUGGCAGGCCGGUGUGGUCAUCUCAGUGUCUGAGGACAGGACCUUCAAGGUGUGGGACCUCGGCGCGGGGGCGCUGCUGUACAGCUCCCCGGUGCUCACGGCACACCCCCUGCUGAGCGCCCUGGCCGACGCGGGGUCCGAGCAGCUGGUCGUGGGCAGCACCGAGGGCCAGCUCUGGGUCUUCAGCCUGGCGGAGGGAAGGCGCUACCGCCGCGUGGCGCGCGUGGACCUGCCCACGGAGCGCACGCGGUUCCUUGCCAGGAGCGCGCUGGCCAGGCCGGGCCCUGCUGGCCCGGCGACCCCGCCCCCGCGGCUGCCCGGGGCCACCCCCGAGUCCUCGCCCCUGGCGCUGGAGUGGACCCUCCCGGGAGACAGCGAGACCCUUUGGCCGGGGCCCCCUCAUCCCGAGGCGCUGGCAGGGGCGCAGCGAAGCCUGACCCGGGCGGUCCCGGAGUUCUCCUGCCCUUCCUGGAGCGCCAGCUGCGCGUGGGUCGGCAGCGCCACGGCCGUGUUCCUGCUCAACCUGGCGAACUUCGAGCUGGAGGCGGUCCUCCCUUACACGGGUGAGGGUUUGCGGGCGGCGCCUUCGCUGCCGGCCGGGGGGCCGCUGUGUGUGUGUGGGGGGGCCCUCUGCCUGCUCAGUGGUCUGCUCGGGCCCGACGUGCGCCUGCUCGAGGUCCGCCUGGCGGCUGCGGGGGCCCACCCGAGAGCCGGCGCGCCGGGGCCGCUGUGUGUGCUGGCGAGCUCGGCUGUGCCCGCCACCUCCCCGCUGUAUUCCGGAACAGCCCGGGGGCGGAGGCCCCAGCCGGCCGGCCGGAAGCCCCCAGCCGUCUGGAGGGGUGUGCAGGACCAGCCGCUGGUCUUCCACAGCCAGGUCCGCUCCUCGGGGUAUGCGGCGGCCCCCCCGGCAGCGCUGUUCACGCCCAGGACCAACCCCAGGAGCGGAGGCGCGGGGCCCCCCAGGCCCAGGGGCAGUCGCCCGCGGAGCACUGCGCGUCUGGAUGUGAGCUUCCCGGUGCUGUCCGGGAGCCUGCAGGGCGGUCGUCUCCCCAUCGAGGCUCACGGUGUGCAGCCCGAGGGGCGGGGCGGGCAGCGGCUCCCUCGGGCGGCGUGCACGGCCAUCGGGUCGCGGGAACGAGCACGUUUGCCGCUGGCAGCCUCCGCGUUCACUCUCUCUGGUCUUCCUCGAAGCCCAGACUGGCCUCCGGACAGCGGCCUGCCCACCAGGCUCCGCCAGCAGCGCCCCGCCGCAAGCAGCCGCGCAGCCGUGUGCUGCGUCCAGUACUCAGGAGACGGCCAGCGGCUGGCCUGCGGCCUGGCGAGCCACCUGGCCCUGGUCUUCAGGGCCGACCUCACGGGGACGCCCGCUGCGUGUUCCGGUCACGAUGGGGCCGUGAGCGGCCUGAGCUGGAGCCACGACGGCAGGUGGCUGCUGUCCACCUCCCGCGACAGGACGCUGCGGCUGUGGUCGGCGCGCAGGACGGAGCUCGCCUUGGUCCUGGGUGAAGGCUUGUUCCCCGCGCCCCCGGGGGCUGCCCAGUUCUACUACAUGGACGCCUUCAUCCUGCUGUCCUCCGGCCCCGAGCUCCAGCUCCUCCAGCACCGCGUGGAGCCCGGCAAGGGCGAGCUGAGGCGGCACAAGCAGAGGAGCCGCUGCCGGCGCGUGUUCCGGCUCCCGCUGUCGGCCGAGAUCACCAGCCUGGCGGCCGUCAACGACUUCUACUCCCACGUGGUGCUGACCGCCGGCAGGAACAGGACCCUGGAGGUGGUGGACCUGGCCGCGGGCCGCAGCGCCGCGGUCAUCGCCGAGGCCCACUCGCGGCCGGUGCACCAGAUCUGUCAGAACCGGGGCUCGGCCUUCACCAGCCAGCAGGCCCAGGCCUACAACCUCUUCGCCACGGCCGCCGUGGGGGACGCGGUGCGGCUGUGGGACCUGAGGACCCUGAGGUGCGAGCGCCGCUUCGAGGCCCCCCCGAGCCGCGGCCGCCCGUGCGGACUCGCCUUCAGCCCCUGCGGACGCUACGUGGCCUGCGGCGCGGAGGACGGACACGCGUACGUGUAUGAAGUGGGGUGCAGCACCUUUGCUCACAGGCUGGCGGGACACACGGACACUGUCAUGGACGUGGCCUUCAGCCCCUCGGCCCCCCAGCUGGUCACCGCCACCCUGGACGGGAUGCUGCAGCUCUUCACCACCGAGUGACCACGGCCCCGCCCGGGCU